UAUUGCAAGGCCAAGAAGAGCCAUAAAAAUCCAACUGUUAUACUGUGAGCCAGACUUACUUGACUUAGGAGAGAUCUCAAUUGAGAGGAAACAUAUUGUGACUUCUGAUUCAGUCUGGACUUGAACAAAAUGGCCACAUUGGAGCAGACGAUUACGGGGAUUACUGAAAAGUUUGCUGGAAAAUGGAAGGAAGUAAGGAGUGAAAACUUAGAGGCAUUCUUUGUGGAAAUGGACUUUCACGGUCGGACAGACAGUGAGCAAACGCAUUUUUGCUCGGUUGCCAAAGUGAUUAAGGAUGAACAAGCCUUUCUGGGUGUAUUGACUCUUUUCUUGUCACAUGGACUUAUGCAAGGAUCUGGACAAUAGAGACUUAUCUUAUC